UCAAGCACAAGCACACAGGUACAAGCAAAAGCAUAGGUUGAUUUCAACUUGCAACACACGUCACAGCAGAAUACAAUGAAGUUUGUCAACCUCGGCGAAUCCGGAGUUAAAAUCUCCCAGAUCAUAGUCGGAUGCAUGAGUUUUGGAGCCAGGGCAGAGUACGGCAACUGGGUCCUUGAGGAUGAGGACAAGGUUAUGGAGAUCCUCAAGCGCUGUUACGAUCUUGGCUUGCGCACCUAUGAUACCGCAGACAUGUACUCGAACGGUGUCUCAGAGCAGCUUGUCGGGAAAUUCCUUAAGAAAUACAACAUCCCCCGCUACACGGUGGUCAUUCUCUCUAAAUGCUUCUAUCCAGUCGACGCUGACACUCCAGGCUUCACCGUUGAUGGUCUUGCUAACAAGGACCCAAACAACAUGAAAUUCAUCAAUUCUAGCGGGUUGUCCCGGAAACACAUUUUUGACGCAGUGACAGCCUCCACUGAGCGGUUAGGCACCUACAUCGAUGUUCUCCAAAUCCACAGAUACGACCCAAGCACCCCAAAAGAGGAAACCAUGAGGGCAUUAAACGAUGUGAUCAACCAAGGCUUGGUGAGAUACAUCGGUGCUUCCUCCAUGAGAGCGACCCAGUUUGCCCAGUUGCAGUUUGUCGCUGAAUCAAAAGGCUGGCACAAGUUCAUCUCCAUGCAGAACUUCUAUAACCUACUUUACAGAGAAGAAGAAAGGGAAAUGAUCCCAUUCUGCAAGGAGACCGGAGUUGGGCUAGUUCACUGGUCGCCAAUCGCGAGGGGUGUCUUGUCGAGGCCUCUAGACGAGAUGAAGGAAUCAGAACGGAUGAAGUCCGAUAUGGCAAUGGUACAUAUCCUCAAAGACUUGUCUGCCGCCGACGAGGAGGUCAUCAACAGAGUCGAAGCAGUGGCAAAGGAGAUCAACUGCAAGAUGUCACAGGUUGCAACCGCUUGGGUCAUUAGUAAGGGCGGGUGUCCUAUCCUCGGUCUCUCCAGCGUUGCUAGAGUCGAAGAAGCAGUUGGGGCCUUGGACAUCACUCUUUCUGAAGAACAAAUUAAGUUUUUGGAACAACCUUACAAACCAAAGGAGGUCCGUGGCUUCUAAGUAUUUCUGUAUUAAGUUUUCUAAUUGUAUACUUAGGUAAAAAAAAACGGAGAAAGAAAACAGUUUCGAAAAAACCUAAUGUCUCAAGCUGGCUAGAGUUCGUUGAAGUCAUAGAAGUCGAGCGCAAAUUUUGUUAGAAACCAUUUUCGGUCAAGAUGUAAAAGCCAAAACAAUUUAAACUAUAUAAGAGCCUAAAUAGUUGUUAAUGAAAAUAGUAAAAAUAGUAAAAAAUAACGAGCACUGCGUCCUUCAAGCUAGGUACUUUUCGACAAGCGCAUCGAUACGGUCCUUCUUAUCACUUCCUCCUUUAGCAGCCUUCUGUCUUGCUUCAAGCUCCUCAA